AUGUUCCCCCGCUCUCUCUCAGAUGGGAAAGCUGGAGAGCAGCAGCAGCUCCACCCCCGCCUGUCAGAGGAAAGAGUGACGGUUUUCAGAACGUGCCUGUCACAAUUCCGUCUGCACAGGUCUGUCCAGUUCAGACUGUGCCUUCGGUUGCUGGGUCUGAUGGCCUCAGCCAUCCUCGUGAUUCGCCUCGGCCGCCUUCACAUGCGGGACUUUCAGCGCUGGGUCGCUUCGCUCCGAAUGGACCCCGUGCGUCAUGGCGCACGGCGGAUAACGGUCACAGCGGACUGUAUAACAGCUCUGCGCUGUUGGCGAGCCCCGUCCUUCCUGACCCAAGGGGUGCCUAUGGGCACCGUCUCGUCCAGGAAAGUGGUAACCACGGAUGCCAGCCUAUCAGGCUGGGGCGGCAUUCACGAGGGCAGGUCUGUGAGGAGUCGCUGGAGCCAGGCCCUCCAGCGCCUUCACAUAAACUUUCUCGAACUUUCGGCGGUGUUUCUUUCUCUGAGACACUUCCUCCCAUUCCUCUCGGGUCACCAUGUCCUGGUGAGGACGGACAACACGACAACAGUGGCGUAUAUCAACCGCCAAGGGGGCCUGCGCUCCCGCAUGUUGCACAAUCUGGCGCGCGACCUGAUUCUCUGGAGCAGUACCCACUUUCUCUCCCUGAGAGCGACGCACAGGCGCGCCAGUGUACGGGGAAUGGACGCUGCACCCACAGGUCGUGGAGCAGAUAUGGGCGCGCUACGGGCGCGCUCAGAUAGAUCUGUUCGCGUCCAGGGAAAACGCUCGAUGCGAGCUGUUCUUCUCUCUGAGCACUCUGAAUGCCCCUCUGGGCGUAGACGCAUUAGCGCACGCCUGGCCGCACGAGCUGCUAUACGCGUUUCCACCGCUGGCCCUGAUACCCCCCACUCUCGCCAGAGUGAGGGCAUUCAACCACAGACUGAUCCUAAUAGCUCCGCACUGGCCAGCGCAACACUGGCUGGCGGAGAUAUUCCAGAUGCUGUGCGCCCAGCCUUGGGAGCUGCCGCUGCGCAGGGACCUGCUCUCGCAGGGUGCGGGGACAGUGUACCACCCACACCCGGAGCGACUGCAGCUGUGGGCCUGGCCCGUGAGUGGCUUAAUUUAACCACUGCCGGGCUCCCUCAGAGUGUAAUUAAUACUAUCCAAAACGCCAGGGCUCCCACCACUAGGAACCUAUAUGGCUCCAAGUGGGGACUGUUUGAGCGGUGGUGUCUUGAACGGGACUACGUUCCUUUUCAGUGUUCUGUACCAGCGAUUCUGUCGUUUUUACAGGAACUGAUUGAUAAAGGAAAAGCUUUUUCCACGGUUAAGGUUUAUCUGGCAGCUAUAGCAGCAUGCCAUAUAGGAUUUGGAGACAAAACGGCGAGCCAACACCCUUUGGUUUGUCGGUUUAUGAAGGGCGCCCGCAGGCUCCUCCCCGUCUCCAGACCUUUGCUGCCUCCGUGGGAUUUGUCGGUGGUUCUGGAGGGGCUUAAGGGACCCCCAUUUGAACCGUUGUUGGGGUCCAGUCUUAAACAUCUGUCUCUCAAGACAGUGCUGUUACUGGCCCUGGCCUCUGCGAAACGAGUCAGCGACAUUCAUGCGCUCUCUGUGAGCCCCGCAUGUACCCGGUUCGACCCGGAAUACACGCGUAUGGUUCUGAAGCCCAACCCGGCCUUUGUUCCUAAAGUGGUUGGUUCUUGUUCACCGAUCGAGCUAGCGGCGUUCGCCGCCUCCCCAGGUGAACGGCGAGCGCACACGCUGUGCCCUGUUCGAGCCGUGCGCUCUUAUAUGGACAGGACGCAGAGCUUCAGGAUGAGUGAUCAGCUCUUUGUCUCCUGGGCGGAGCCCCGUAAGGGGCAGCCGAUCACAAAGCAACGCCUCGCCCACUGGGUGGUGGAGGCUAUAGCUUUGGCGUAUGGAAGCAGGGGUCUGCGGCCCCCGGCGGGUCUGCGUGCACACUCUACCCGCGGGAUGGCUGCGUCCUGGGCUUUAUUUUGGGGAGUGUCCGUUCAGGACAUUUGCUCAGCGGCGAAUUGGUCUUCGCCUCUGACUUUUGUCCGGUUCUACAUGCUUGACGUGUCUGGACCGUGCGUGGCCAGUGCGGUCCUAGAGUCAUAACUGACCUUGUGGACCUUCCCCAUCGGCCGGUUCUUGUUCGAUAAGCUGUCUGACAAUACGGGAGCUACCAUAUCCCAUAGCGAGACACCGAGUGAAUAUUAUGAAAAAGAACGUUUGGUUAUCUAACAUAACCCCAGUUCUUAGAAUAAUAUGAGCGAGGUGUCUCGCCAGACGACCCUUCUUGCAGGGCGGCGAGAAGAGGUUUGCUUGUUGAAUUGGAGUGCCGUGAUCCGCACACGCUUUAGUAGUCGGAGCUACGGGGCGUGGCGUAUGACGGGCACUUCCACCGGCCAAUCAGGAUUGGCAGAUUGAGAUAGAUGCUUCUAUCAGGGCUGCAGGAGGCUGCAUCCCAUAGCGAGACACCUCGCUCAUAUUAUUCUAAG